AUGCCACCAAUGAAAUUACUCAAUAACAAUUCAGUCCUAUUCUACAUUGAGCUGAAAAAGAAGCAAAAUGCAGUAACAGAGUUACCACUAUGCAUCACCACUUUUGAUCAAACAAUAGCUGAAACUAUUGAACACAAUAUAUAUGAAGAAACACAAAUACAGAACACAGAUCUAGAAAUGCUAGUUCUUCAACUAAACAACCAGCAAUCAGCUACAGAGUUACAAUAUGACGAAGCAACCUGCACGACAAAUAACCAGGUACAAACCUUCCCAAACAUUACAGACAUAGCUGAUAAUGUAGCAGAUUUUAUCAUAGAGAGAACAAAAGAAAACAAAAGAAAAAGAGAAGAAGAUACAGAAAUUAUAACUGAUCAUAAAGUUUCAAAGUUGAAGAAGGCAUGGAGAGCAAGAGAAAAAGCUUUAGAAUUGGCAAGAGGAAACCAAGAUGAUUCAUACCAAAAAUUUCCCAUCUACCUUCACAUGCUAAAAGUCUCGAACCCAGAUACAAUAACGCACCUGGUUACAGAAAAUAAAGAUCACUUCAAAUAUAUGUACCUAGCAUUUGCAAAUUCUAUCAAAGGACGGAAACACUGUAGGCCACUGAUUGUGAUAGAUGGAACUUACUUGAAGACAUCAUUUGGAGGAACUUUAUUCACUGCUUCAACAAUGGAUGCUAACAACAACAUAUUUCCAUUAGCCUUUGGAAUAGAAGACUCUAAAAAUGAUUCAUCAUGGUUAUGGUUUUUCACAAAGCUAAAGGAGACAUAUGGAAAAAGAGAAGAUAUAGCAAUCAUUUCAGACAGGCACAAAGGCAUAGAAAAUGCUAUAGACAAUGUAUACCCUAAAGCUUUCCAUGGAGCAUGCAUAUUCCACCUGCUAAACAACAUCAAAGUCAAUUUCGAUGUCCAUGGGGAGGACCUAAACAUAAACUUUGUGAAAGCAGCAAAGGCAUACAGGAUAAAUGAUGUAUUGAAAGCUGCAAGAACGCUGCCAAGCACUACAAUGAUGGAAGGCCUUCAAAGUUUAGUUCAAAAAUGGGUAUGGAAAAAUGGUAACGAAGCAAACGGAACAUUCACACAAGUAACAACAAAUACUGAAACUGUGCUUAGAGAAACUUUAUUCGGGCCAUCAAAAUUUCAAGUCUUCCUAGUAAACACUAUACUAUACCAUGUUGUGGUAGAAGACAAAGGAAAUUUUCUAGUCAACCAAAUGGAGAAAACAUGUGAGUGCAAAAGGUUCCAACAAGAUGAAAUACCGUGUGCACAUGCAAUAGCAGUAUUUGCCAAAACACGGCUAAAAACAUAUGAUUAUGUUGUUGAUUACAACAAAACUACAACUAUGAAAGCAACAUAUGAGUCAAUUGUUCAUCAAUUGCCAAAUGAAAGCGAAUGGACACUACCAGAGACUUUAAACAAAAUUGUCCUACCACCAAAAACAAGAAAACCACCAGGCCGCCCUAGAAGGAAACGAAUCAGAUCUAGAGGAGAACCAAAAGUGCAGAUUAAAUGUGGAAGAUGCGUGCAACCAGGACAUAAUAGAAAAACAUGCAAGAAUGAACCAAUCCCAAACAGCGAAACCCAACAAAGCCAAAUAAAUUUGUAA